AUUUACAGAUUUCCAUACAAACAGCACAACAGCAUUCAAUAUAGCAUCCACCAACUAGCAAAUUAAUAUUAUCUGUAUAAAUCAUAUACAAACAUGGAGACUGAAUCACUUAAUCGGAAAAAUUCCUCAAGGAAAAGUUCGGUAGUCAAUGGUAAUGGCGAUGCGGCGGCUAAGGUGGCCGCCGAAAAUGAAGGUGGCGGCGGUAGUGGUGACGUAACGUUGAAGGCGAAAAUGAGUUUAGUCAAUGGUUGUACGGUGAUCGUCGGUUCCAUUAUCGGCUCCGGUAUAUUCGUUUCACCCACCGGUGUGCUCAUGUAUACAGGAAGCGUAAAUUUGUCGCUAAUCGUAUGGAUUAUUUCCGGCCUUUUUUCUAUGGUUGGUGCCUACUGCUAUGCCGAACUGGGUACAAUGAUUACCAAAUCUGGUGCGGAUUAUGCUUACAUUAUGGAAACAUUUGGUCCCUUUAUGGCCUUCAUACGUCUCUGGAUCGAAUGUAUGAUUGUGCGGCCAUGCUCACAGGCAAUUGUAGCGCUCACCUUCAGCGUAUAUGUGCUGAAGCCUUUCUUUCCGGAAUGUCAACCACCAGAUGAUUCGGCGCGCAUGUUGGCAGUCUGUUGUAUCUUGGUCUUAACCUUCAUUAACUGCUGGGACGUUAAAUGGGCCACCGCUGUGCAGGAUAUCUUCACAUAUGCCAAGCUAUUGGCGCUCUUCAUCAUCAUCGCCACCGGCGUAUACCAACUGUCCUUGGGCAAAGUGGAAUACUUUACAUUCGAGAAUACAGACACGAGAGUAACUUCACUAGCGUUGUCCUUUUACUCUGGAUUGUUCGCCUACAAUGGCUGGAAUUACUUGAACUUCAUUAUUGAAGAGCUUAAGGAUCCUGUCAAGAAUUUGCCCCGCGCUAUUGCCAUCUCUUGUACAUUGGUCACCAUUGUCUAUGUGAUGGCUAAUGUUGCUUUCUAUUCAAUUCUAUCACCCGAAGAAGUCUUGGGAUCGGCCGCUGUGGCAGUGACCUAUGCGGAGCGUGCAUUCGGCAUGUUUGCAUGGACGGUACCAGGU